GCAAAUAAACUGGACCGGGCCAAGGAUCUCUUCCACGACGUGGAUCGCUCGCAGCCCACCUCCGCUCUAGCUCUCCGUGACUCUCUGUUCGCCUUCCCUCCAAGGCUGCAACUCCAAGCGCGAACCCCACCGGGCCCCACCAAACACCCGCCGCCGCCGCCGCGUCCCCUCCGCAACCGCAGGCAUGCCGCGGCCGCCUCCGCCGGGCCGCGGGGUCCCUGGAGCCAGGCGGCCGAUGCGGGAUUUCUUCGCCGCCUGGCUCGCCACCCUCCGCUCGCCGCUCCUCCCGCUGCUCCGCCGCGCGCUCUCCUCCUCCUCCGGCUCCUGGGACGACCCGCUCUCCUCCGCCGCGGCGGCCGUAGAGGCCCACUUCCAGGCGCACUGGUCUGCGCUCGACGCCGCUGCGCGGCUGGACCCGUCCCAGGUCGUCGCCGCGGGGGACUGGCGCUCCCCCCUCGAGCUUCCCUUCCUGUGGCUCGGCGACGUCCACCCCUCCCUCCUCACCUCCCUCCUCCGGACGCUCUCGCCCUCACCGCGGCUCCUCGCCGCCGCCGAUCGCGUCGACCGCCGGAUCCGCGCCAACGUCCCCGCCGUCUCCGACCGCCUCCGCCGGGCCCAGGAGGCCUUUGUGUCCGGCGAGGUGGCCGGCACGGUCGACGUGGAGGCGUUCUUGGAGGAGCUCAAGGGCGUCGCCCUCGAGGCCAACCGGCUCCGUCGAGGCGUUCUUUCGGAGCUCGUCGCUGCCGCCGGGGGGUACCAGGCGGCGCUCUUCCUCGAGGCCCUCUCGCGCUUCGUGCUAUCCAUGCACGAUCCCGAGGUGCUCCGCCGCUUCGAUCAGUGCCGUCCCUCGCCCGGUAGCUAGUCCCUCUUCUUGACCCCCAAGGCAUAUGUGGGAAGCACUAGAAGGGCUAGCAAGUGCUGGGGCAGCGAGGGCCAAACCAAUAAGGCAAAUGGCCAGUUGGCGUUAGGUGGUCACACACGACUCGAAAACGUUAGCAGCGUCCAGUGCGCAGCUGCACCCUCGUGGAUCCGACUCGGACUCCAAUUACCCCGAGGAACCAUGUCACCAGCAGUGACGUUUCAGUGUAAACACCUCUGUAAAUUGACAUGAUACCAAAUAUUUUAGUUGGGCAAUGAAAAACAAAAGGUGGUGGACGAAA